UCCUCCCCACGCGUUAAUGAACUCUCGCCUUAAAUCCCCUCACAACCGUCUUCCUCGCCAUCCCGGAACGAAAAGCACCAAAUCCAGCUAUAAAGUCCGCCCCUCCCCACCCCCAAUCCCACAACAGCAAACCAAACCCCCUAAGACCAAAAAAGGCCCCAGCAACUCCAGCGCGUGGAGUUGAAUCUGAGUUUACUUUGAGAGAUUUGAUUGAUUCAAUCAGUCGAGAUGGCGCAGGCGAUCGAGGCUCAGAGGGAAGGCGCGGAGGUGUAUCACGGCGCGGCGCUGUGCGCGGAGAAGGCGGUGGAGCUGCUGGCCGAGACCAACAUGCCGCUGGGCCUGCUGCCGCUGGCGGACAUCGAGGAGGUGGGCUACAACCGCGCCACCGGCUUCGUGUGGCUGCGCCAGAAGAAGGCGCUCACGCACACCUUCAAGCAGAUCGGGCGGCAGGUCUCGUACGGCACCGAGGUGACGGCCUUCGUCGAGGACCGCAAGAUGAAGCGCAUGACCGGGGUCAAGAGCAAGGAGCUCCUCAUCUGGAUCACCCUCUGCGACAUGUACAUCGACAAGGAUGACCCCUCCAAGAUCACCUUCAAGACGCCCACCGGGCUCGGCAGGACCUUCCCCGUCUCCGCCUUCGGGAAAGAGGACUGCAAGGAGGCCGCGGUGGCCAAGUAAGUGAGGACGGACGGCAUAUACUCCCUCUGUAAACUAAUAUAAAAGCAUUUAAAUCACUAAAGUAGUAACCUAAACACUUUUAUAUUAGUUUACGGAAGGAGUACUCUACAAAGUUGGAUGAAGAUUGAAGAGUGUUCAAGUUCAAUUUAUAAGUACCUCGGUCUGGGUUUAUUAGCCCUAUUGUAUUUUGGGUCAACAUUUGACCAUUGAUUUACUUACCAAAAAAUAAGUUAUACUGUUUAUCAUAAAAUAGUAUCAUUGAAAGCUUCUUU